AAAAACUCAAUUUUUUCCAAUGGCGUCUUCCUAAAACCCUAGAGUCGGAGAUUUCCCCAAAACCCUAGACUCCAUAGUUCUUCAUCCCUUUUCUGGAUCCACAAAUGGGCGACGAUGACAUUGAACUCGAAGAAUCACUGGUUCCUCGGAAGGCGAAGUCGCUGGAGACGUUGAUCAGUGGCUCAUUUCCGGCGUCUCUGUCGAAUCUUUCGUCGUCUUCUCGUACGAUUCCGGCGAACAAGGACUUCCAUUUUUUCUACAACUUCGACGAGUUCAAGCGUCCGGUUGAUGAGAUUGCCGCGGACUCGCGGUCCGUUCUCGAGACGAUCGGUGACUCGUCGCAGGUUUGGGGGAAACCGAUGAAAUUGACGGGGGAUAUCGACGGAGACGAUGCGUACGACUGGCUUGGUAACGUGAACGAUGAGAUUUACGAGAGAUUUGAUGUUUCGAUGGAUGAGUUCGAGAGGAUUCGGAAGAAAGAGGAGGAAGUUGGUCGGCAAUUGAGUCCCUUGACUGAUGAAAAUGGGUUUCAGAUGGUUUAUGGGAAGAAGAAGAAGCCGGUGGGUAAAGGCGUUGCCGGGUCGGCGAGGGACGUCGGCCUGGGCGGCGGAGCUAGUGAUGUGAAGGUGGCCGAGAAGGAUAAGAAGGUAUCUGGGAAGGCGAAGGUUCCGUUCCAUAUACCUACGAUAAAGAAGCCUCAGGAGGAGUAUAAUAUACUUGUGAACAACGCGAACCAGCCUUUUGAGCAUGUUUGGUUGGAGAGGAGCGAGGACGGUCAGAGAUCUAUUCAUCCACUGGAGAAGCAUUCAGUAAUGGAUUUCAUGGACACAAAUAUAGGAGAGACAGAACCUGUUAAGCCCUUCCCAAUGGAAGAGACUCCAUUCAUGCUUGUUCAAGACAUCAAAGAUCUGAAGGAUUUAGCUGCUAAAUUGCGUAGUGUUGAAGAGUUUGCGGUUGAUCUGGAGCAUAAUCAGUACCGAUCUUUUCAAGGAUUGACAUGCUUGAUGCAAAUUUCUACCCGAACGGAGGAUUAUAUUAUUGAUACAUUUAAGCUUCGGGUUCACAUAGGUCCUUACCUUAGGGAAAUCUUCAAAGACCCUAAGAAAAAAAAGGUCAUGCAUGGAGCAGAUCGAGAUAUUAUUUGGCUUCAACGGGAUUUUGGCAUAUACAUCUGCAAUCUCUUUGACACUGGACAGGCUUCAAGGGUUUUGAAGUUGGAAAGAAAUAGUCUGGAGUUUCUUCUGCAACAUUUUUGUGGAGUUACUGCAAAUAAAGAAUACCAAAAUGCAGACUGGAGAAUACGACCACUUCCAGAUGAAAUGAUCAGAUAUGCAAGAGAAGAUACACACUAUCUUUUGUAUAUAUACGAUUUGAUGAGAAUUAAAUUGCAAACAGUACCGAAGGAAGAUGAGCAAUCUGACUCUCCUCUCAUAGAGGUCUACAAGCGCAGCUAUGAGGUGUGCAUGCAACUAUAUGAGAAAGAGCUUUUGACUGAGAAUUCAUACCUUCACAUAUACGGGCUUCAAGGAGCUGACUUUGAUGCAAUGCAACUUGCCAUUGUUGCGGGACUCUGCCAAUGGCGUGAUGCCAUUGCUCGUGCAGAUGAUGAGAGCACUGGCUAUGUGUUGCCAAAUAAAACUGUGCUUGAUAUAGCCAAGGAAAUGCCUGUUACUACUAGCAAAUUGCGUCGGUUAUUGAAGUCAAGACAUCCUUAUAUCGAACUGAAUAUCGACUCAGUGGUCAGUGUCAUCAGGCAAUCAAUGCAAAACGCUUCAGCGUUCAAGGCUGCUGCUCAAUUGUUGAAAGAAGGGGUCUCUUGUAAGAAUAUUGAACCCAUCACCGAGCGAAUAGAUGUGUCUCCUGGGGCUGCAGAUGUGGCCUCUCCAAAUUUGAAUGAGAAGGCUUUGCAUGGUGGAAGUAGUAAUAGCAAAGGCCUAAGCACGGUCUCAGUAAAUACUAAUGAAGGGAGAGGUGUAGCUGCAGGAUUGUUCGGUUCGACAAAGGGUUCUGCAUCUGUUCAGAUCUCGAAGAAACCGAGCAGUGCUUUUGGGGCCUUGCUGGGAAAUGCAGCUUCUAAGAGGAAGUUUGGAGCUGAUAACAAGCCAAUGGAAGAGAUCAAACUUGAGCAGAUAAGAUCAUCGGUGAGCCUACCAUUCCAUUCUUUUAUGGAUAAAGGUCUCGGCAAAACCUCUGUGAAGGUCUCGGGAAAACCCGAAGAGGUUCCCACUGAACCAGUUUCGGUCUCCAAACCAGACAACACAAUAUUUCCGGAAGAUGGCUCAGCGGAAGAGCCCUCGGAACCUGCAGAAACAUUGACUACACCAUCAGUAGCUCAGAAAUCCAAAGUAUCUCUUACCAAGUCUGAGGAUGUUAUUCCGGUAAACGAUAACUCAGACGAGGAAACUGAAACCGGUGGUGACCCAGGAAGCAGUAACACUUUGAAGAAAGAGGAAUCUGAAGAGGAGAUGGAUGCGGAAGACGAACCAAUGUCGCUGUCCGAGUUAUCUUCAAACUUCCAGAAAUGCUUCAAGCAGAAGAAUCAGGUGGAGAAGCCGUCGUCGGGGUCAACAAUGAGACUGAAACCCGAGUUUCUGAACAUAAAGCCGUUCGAUUACGAAGCUGCAAGGAAGGGAGGAGGAGGAGAAAGAGAAGGUAACAGAAAGAAAGUCGGGGAUUCGGGAGGUAAGAAGAAGGGUUCAGGAACGCAGAAUGUGGAAGGGACGAGUGAGUUCGGGCAGGGAAAACGGCGGCAGGCUUUUCCGGCGUCAGGAAACCGCAGUAUGACCUUCUUGAAUUAGAAAAAAAUGGUGUUGUAACAUUACAGUGAACUCUUUGAAUUAAAUGGAAACAUACAGUGAACUCUUUGCGGAGAUCGAAA